CGUUCUUUAUAUUUCCGGGGGAAGUGACGGAGCCGGCUGUCCGCGGACCCCCUUACUGAUUGGUCCGAGGAUAAUACGGCCGCCGAUUGGUCAGUUCUGGCGGGACGCUCGGUCGGUGUUUUUGUUGAAAAUCCGCAGGCCUCCUGUUGAAGCUGGUUUAUCGAGGUCGAUGCGGAGUCUUUGGCUGUAAAUGGUAGCGGUGUUUGUUCUGGCUGGAAAUAAUGUUUUGUGAAAAAGCACUAGAGUUAAUCCGGGAGCUGCAGCGAGCUGCGGACGGCCAGUUACCCGCUUUUAAUGAAGAUGGUGUCAGACAAGUCCUUGAAGAGAUGAAAGCUUUGUAUGAACAGAACCAAACAGAUGUGAAUGAGGCUAAAUCUGAUGGCAGGACAGACCUAAUCCCAACAAUCAAGUUUCGUCACUGCUGCUUGCUCAGGAAUAAGCGCUGUAUUUUAGCAUACCUAUACAACCGUUUAUUGCGGAUUCGGUCAUUAAGGUGGGAAUAUGGAAGUGUUUUACCAUCAGGAAUUCGAUUCCAUUUUGCUGCUGAGGAGACUGAAUGGUUCAACCAAUACAAAAAGUCACUUGCCACAUACAUGAGGUCCAUUGGAGGUGAAGAAGGACUGGACAUAACUCAAGAUAUGAAACCUCCAAAGAGUCUAUUUAUUGAAGUAAGGUGUUUGAAAGAUUAUGGUGAAUAUGAGAUUGAUGAUGGUACCACGGUGCUCCUGAAGAAAAACAGCCAGCAUUUUAUGCCCAGGUGGAAAUGUGAACAGUUAAUUCGUCAAGGAAUCUUGGAACAUGUGCUGUCCUGAGAGCAACAGUUUAAAGAAAACAGCUUUUUUUUUGUGUUGAGACUGGGAGAGCAUCAGUCCGGUGUUGACCUCCAACAACUGGGAGUGAAAAACACAAUAGAGCACUGGUUACUGGAGCAGGGGAGAACUUAGAGAAGUGUGGGUUCCGAAACUACUACUACUCACAAUUAAGUGAACAAUGUCUUCAUUAAAUUUUGUUUUUAAUUGACCCAUUUGUACUCUCUCAACAAAAUGAGUUAAAUCAUAUUUGUAUGCAUUAUUCUGGCAGGAUAUCAAUUUGCAUUUAUAUGGUGCCUUUAACAUGGUAAAACAUCCUAAGGCACUUAAUAGGGGUAUCAGACAAAGGUUUAACUGAGCCAUGAGAUAUUAGGACAGCUGACCAAAAGUUUAAUCAAAGAGGCAGAUAGACAGACAGAACUAGGAAAGGAAUGUCUGAGUUAGGGCCUACACAGCAAAAGUAAUCCAGAGUGGCCAAGAUGCCAGAAUUGGAGGAACACCAAUUUCUUUAAAAACACUUAAUUGAUUGUACUGUAGGAAACACAGCACUCAAUUUGCACAGAAGGUCCCACAAAUUGCAAUAAGAUAAAUAACUAGGUUUUUCUUUUAGUAAUAUUGUUUGAGGGAUAAAUGUUUGCCUGCACACCAGAAAGAAUGACCUUGCUCUUUAUUGACACAGUGCAGUGGGAUGUUUUAUGUUCAUCUGAGAGGUCAGAUGUCCAUUUUAAUGCCGCUUCCGAAAGUACAGGACUCCAUGGCUAAUGACAUUAAUCUGUUAGCUUAGAUUAUGUGCUCAUCUGUAGUGUGGGACUUAAACCCACAAUGUUUUGACAGAGUUGAGAGAGCUACUCAUUGAGCAUUAGCUGACACCAUUGAGCCCAUCUUUUAAAUUCAUCAAGGGCUCUUGAUAUGUUUUAUAUUAGAUUCAAAAACCGAUUAAAUGUACAAGUGGCGCUAAAGCAACACUAAUCUGAUUUUAUUUGCUUCUCAUAAACAACUUGUAGUUUGGCCUAAAAGCUGUGGACUGGCAACAUUGUUUUGCCAUCUAUCAGAGAUCAGAAGCUAUUUUUGAUUUGCCACAGUAAAUUGCUCUGGAUCUCAGAACCAAACUGUAAAAUCUUAAUCCGAUGAUACAUAAUUUGCAAUCUUUGGAAUUUCAUGAAGAGAUCAGAUGUUGCUAUUAGCAUAAUGUUUCAGUGCACUUCCUCACACAUAUCUGGGAAUCUGGUGUUUCAGAGGUAAACAUGGGAAAUGAAGAAGCAUUAACCAUUAUGUUACAGUAAUCAAUUGCUACUAUCACUUGAAAUUUACUUCAGGGUUACAAACCUUGAAAGAAGAAUGUUCUAUUUGCAACAAUUUAAUACGAAGUACUUCCUAUUAUGUUCCCUGCAUAUAAUAUCUAGAGACUUGUAACCAUAAUCUAGGCUGCUAAUCCCAGUACUGAGGGAGUGCACUGUCAGGUUCCAUCUUUUUAGAUGAGACGUAAAAUUGACACGCCAUCUGCCUCCUAGGCAGACAUAAAAGAUCACACAAGCACUAUUUUGAAGAAGAGCAAAGGAGUUCUCCCAGGUGUCCUGGCAAUAUUUAUCCUUCUACCAACAUCACUAUAAAAACAUGACCCGAUCAUUACCACUUUGCUGUUUGUGAAAUCUUAUCAAAGUGACUUCAUGUUUUCCACAUAACAACAGUGCCUAGACUUCAUAAGUGUUUAAUAGUUUGGGUAGUUGUCCUAUGCUCCAUGUUGGUUUCGGGCUGAAUGAGGUUCCUCCUACACUAUUAGUGACUUGGACAUUUAUUCACAACCAAGACCGCAUGGUAAGAAACAUUACUUUCUUCACACAGACUGUUCUGUGACCUGCUCCUUAAGAGUUCCUUGGUCAUCUGAUCUGAUGUCAUGCUUACAUCAUCAUUAACAAUUGCCUAAUUAACAAACAUUAACCAUAGAACACUACAGCACAGAAAACAGGCCAUUCGGCCCUUCUCGUCUGUGCCGAAAUAUUCCGCUAGACCCAUUGACCUGCACCUAGUCCACAACCCUCCAGACCUCUC